AUGAUGGGAGGGGAAAGGGGGGAGUCCGCCACGGCAACCACAGCGUCAGCAGCAUCAACAGCAGCAGCAGCAGUAACAGCAGCAACAUCAGGAACAAGAGGAGAAGCAGCUUACUGCUUGUGCCUUCCUUGCAGCAAUCGAACACGCACACCCCGCGGGGGGUGGCUUGCCCCUGCCUGCGCAGCUACUACGUACGAAAUUCGCAGCAGCCACUGCAGGCGUUUUCUAAGCUGCCGCAGCAGCAGCAGCAACAGGGGUUUCAGCAGCAGCAACUCUAUUACACAACGGCCUCCCAAACUCGGCAGCACCGAGCCGCAGCUGAGCUGUUACUUGGUCCUGCCGCAGCAGGAGCUGCCUGCACAGCUCCCGACUAUCCUGUGUCCUUCUUGCGCUGCUGCUACCUCUUGGAAUCGUUGCUUCUGCUGCAGCGUGAAGGAGUCUGCAGUUUCUGGCCUGGGUCUCACAGGCAACCCCAGUGGAAACUUGCCGCACCUGCAUUCAUGUUCAUCCCAAGGCAGCAACAGCGUUCAUGAUGCAGACAGCGAUGCAGCACCAUGUGCUGCUGCUGCUAAGGGGCCAGUAGCAUCAGCAACAGCAGAAGAAGAAGUAGAAGUAGAAAUGGGUAUUGGAGACAGAGUGGCUGCAGCGGACGGGAGGGAGGAGAAGCAGGGCUGCGGCAGCAGCGGCAGAAAUGGAAGCACCAGCAAGCAAUGGCAGCUCUACAUGAGCCUCAGCAGCAGUUUCAAAAGCCGUCUGCCUUGUGUUGCAUGUUGGAGGGCCAGCAGGUGCAGCAGCAUAAGCGUAAAGGCUCUACAAUUGCAGACAGCGAGCGGCAGCACCAUCGCAGCUCUCUUCUUACGCCACCCUGCAGCAAACCAAACCUUGUUAGUGUCUCACCGCAGCAACAGCGACCUGGGCUUCACCUACCCCCUGCUUCUCUACCUUUGCCGUUCUCUCAACAUCAAUGUCAUGGGCUAUGAAUACACAGGCUACGGAUUUUGCUGCUGCCCGACCAGAAGGAGUCUCUCGGGCCAGCAACAGCAUCAGCAGCAGCAGCUGCGGAGGCUUUGCAGCCCCUCCGCUGCUGCGGUACGUAUGGACAUUCGUGCUGCUUUCUUGUGGCUGCAGCAGCAGCAGCAGCAAACACCACACAGUGUCAUCCUAUACAGCGAGGGCAGGGGUCUCCUACCUGCCUUGCAGCUCCGCUCUGAGCUCGCUGCUGAAGGCCUACAGCUGGGGGGCCUCGUCUUUGUAGCACCAGCAGCGACGGCAGCAGCAGCAGCAACGUCAGCAGCACAAGUAGCAGCACAAAUCAGUGGAAGGCAGAGAGGACACGACAGAGGGCUACGGAGGCUGGUCCCUUCCCGUAUCCGCAAGCGACGCAGCGAGACGCACGAGGUGUAUAUGCAGCUGCUGCAGCUGCACAUGGAAGAGCUGCUGGUGCUAGAAGGCGUCUCAGACUCGCAGCAGCUGCAGGCUGCCGACGGGAAGAUACCGCAGUUGCUGCUGCGCCAGCGAGCAGCAGCUGCAGCAACCGUUGCAGAGAGAGGAGACCCCGGCUGUUGCUGCUGCGACUUUCCAAGAGGAGACAACCUACGCCGCCUCACGGCCUUCAUUCAACAUGCAAGAGAGCAGCAGCAACAGCCCUACGACAUCGCGCUGCAGCGGCAGCUGCGCAUGCAGCAGCAACUACAAAGGCAGCAGCAGCAACAAGUCGCAUGGAGCAGUCUAGCCCAAACCGCACACUCCACCAGACCGCACGACGAGCAGCAGCAAGAUAAGCAGCAGCAACAAAAACAGCAAGACCAGCAGCGCCACCAGCAAACUGCCGGACACCCUUGCAACGGGCGUCGACUUCCUGUAUUUCCUACGGACUCUCCACGUCUGCCAGCAAUAGUUAAAUACAAUCCUGGAAAACAGCUGGGGCAACAACAGCAGCAAAGGCAGCAGCAAAAGCAUCAAAUGCAGCAACAGCAGCAGCAAAAGCAGCAGCAACAACAACAGCAGCAGCUGCAGUGGCUGCAGCAGCAGCGGCAGCCGCCAAGCAAGCGACACUAG